AUGACCCCACGGGUCCUGCUGACCUCUCACCGGCUCCACGACCCCGCAACUGCCCCCUGUCGUUCACAGGGCGGCCGCGCUGCGCUGCUGAUGGACGUGCGGCGCCCCAUGUGGGUCGCCCGCGUGGCCGCGACGCCCAAGGGCUGGCAGCUGACGGGCAACAACAAGUCCCAGGGGCACUUUGACGCCGUGGUCAUCGCCCACAACGGCAAGUGUGCCAACAGGCUCGCUGCGCCGUCCGGCGCGCCGCUCGUGGCGCAGCAGCUGAUGCGCCUGAAGCUCAACUCGAUAUGGGCCGUCAUGGUGGCGCUGCAGGAGCCGCUGGAGGCGCCCAACGGGCUCGAGGGCGCCUUUGUGACCGGCCAGCCCGCCAAGCACCUGAGCUGGGUAGCUAACAACACGGCCAAGCUGGGGCUGCGGCACCCCGGGCACCCCGGGCUCCAGUGCUGGACGCUCCUCAGCACCGAAACUUACGGCCGGGAAAACAAGGUGCCGCAGGAGGCUGUCCCCCAGGAGGUGGCAGAGCGCGUGCAGCGUGACAUGCUCGCCGCGCUGAUGUCAGCGCUCGGCCGGCCGACAGCCGAGCUGCCGAGGCCCGCCGCCUACAAAUGCCAGCUGUGGGGUGCCGCCCUGCCCGUCAACUCCCCCGGCGUCCCCUGCAUCCUCGACCCCGUCGCGCGCAUGGGCGUCUGCGGCGACUGGCUGCACGACCCCGCGGCCGGCGGCGCGGCCGCGUCGAUGCAGGCCGCUGCGCUCAGCGGCCUCGCGCUCGCAGAGCGGCUCGCGGCGCUGCGGGGAGCGGACGCGGAGGCGGCAGCCAAGCUGGCUGUCGGCCUGCACGAGCAGUUUGUGCCGCUGUCAAACCCAGACAUUGGGGGGUUCCCCGGGGACAAGGCGGCAGGCACCCUGGCGGAGGCGCCGACGGGCGCCGCGCCGGGCGGCAGGGGCGGCGGGCGGCAGGGGCGCCGCCAGGGGAGCGGGUGUCGCGGCCGAGCCCCCCUGUUCUGGUGUAAGCCUGCUCGCCAGGUCGCUGGUCCGCUGCACCCUGUAGUGCCCGCUUGA